GCACAAGCUUGCAGGCAGCAAAAUCAAACGUGUUCUCCAAGAGGAUUUAAUAUACAGUAAACCCCAGAAGGCAGCCAGUUUACACCGUCUAUAAACCAGCUUCAGAGUCUCAGUGGGAGUGAGGACAGAGCUGUAGACAGGUCAUCUUUUUGACUGUUGCCAAAAUGUGGAAAAGGGCGAAGAACGCAGGUCCCACCACCAACAGACAAUGUUUCUCCCUCGUUCAUCAAUACAUUCAGCGUUUUAAUGAGGUGUCUGGCAGCAAGUCAGCUGUCAUCCGGAGGAGAUCUAAGACUCCUGGAGUAAUGAUCGUGCAGUAUGUAGUGAACAUACCAGAGGGAAAAAGCACCCCAGAUUUCCAGAGUAAACCUGCUCCAGUAACUAUUAAGGAAGGGAAAUUAGCUGUUUUCAAGGUCAUGGUGAAAGGGGAUCCAAAACCAGAGGUGACAUGGAGAAGAGCUAAAGCCCCUAUAUCAGACAAGCAAAAAUUUCAGAGUAAAUAUGAUGAAGCAACCGGAGAGCACAUAUUUGAGAUUCACAAAGUGUCUGGUGCGGAAACAGAUACAUACAAAUGCUAUGCUGCAAAUGAAUAUGGUAAAGCUGUCUGCACAACAACAUUAAAUGUGAUUGAGGCUUCCAAAAACCCAUCAGACUUCAGAAAACUGCUGCGGAAAAGUAAAGUAGAUGAAAAAGGAGACGGGGAAAAUGAUGAAAGAUUCUGGGAUGCGAUGCUGAACGCUGACAGAAAGGACUACGAGCGCAUCUGUUCUGAGUUUGGUGUUUCAAACUUACAUUUGAUUCUCAAGAAACUGGAAGAGAAGAAGAAGGAGAGGGCGCAAAAUAAGUGUAAGAAAGGAGCAAUUCCCUAUGAUGAAGACACAACAGAGAGACACAGCCUGAAGAGUGCUGGGAGGUCGAAGGAUCAAAAUAUUAAGGAGCUGAUGCAAAAGGGCACGGGGCUCAAUCAGGUGGAUAAAGAGGGCAACCUCCUCGACACAGGGCUGAAUCUGGUGAAUGAAGAGGAGACACUUCUCUCCACAGAGUUCAAAUUUUCCAAUGUGGACUUUGUGAUCAAAAUUCAGGAGCUAAAAGUUCAAGAAAGAGAGGAUGCCCUCUUUGCAUGUGUCCUGACACACCCACUCCCCAGGAUCACAUGGAUGGGCAAGGGCAGCACCCUGGAGGAUGGAGAGAAAUACAGCAUAACCAUGUCAGACCACAAACUGAUCCACAGGCUGCUGAUCAAGGACUGCACCCAGCUGGACAAAGGCAUCUAUUCAGCUGUGGCUGGCAUAAAGUCCUGCAGUGCCUGGCUGGUUGUUCAAGCUGAGAGUGACCCUGCAUCUGCUGGACAGAAGAGAGCUCGUAAAACUACCUUGGCUGGUGGAGCACGGAUCGACCUUGAGAAGGUGGCCAGAGAGCAACAAAUAAAAAACAGAGAGGAGAUAGAGAAGAUUUUAGCAGCUGUAAAAGUAAAACACGGAGAAGGACAACUGAAAGAGAGAAAGACUUUAAUCACAAAUGGAAGAGAUGGUGAAAUAAGUGCAGCCACUGGACCGGGUAGAAACAGUGGAGCAGUAAACGAUGACAUGCCUGAUGCUGUAAAAGCCAGCACCCUGUCUGAGCCAACAGGGAGCAAAGAGAAAGCCAAGAUCAAAAACUCAGGAGGAAAUGGCACAAAAACAAAAUUGGAUGUUUCAGGGUGUGUGACACAAGAAGGAGCCAAGAUCAAAAACUCAAGAGAAAAUGGCACAGAAAUAAAAUUGGAUGUGUCAGGGUGUGUAACACAAGCAGGAGCUCAACAGAUAGUAGAUGACCCCAAGAACAAGAAACACAGCAGAUCUGGUCAAGCGGAUUUUGACAAGGUAACAGGUAAAGUCGAUCUAUGCCUAACAAUGUAUUUUCACCAUAAAAGUUGUGCUAAUGAAAAAGAAAUGCAGACUUGCUGCUACUUUACUUUUGUUAUUUCAAAAGAGGAAGAGAGUGGAUUAACUUUUGUCAUGCUUGGCUGUCAGCUUAAAACGGUCUUUGCCCUUCAGUGUUUGGGUUACGUGUCACACACUGUGAAGGAUACAGAUGAAGAAGGAUAUGAAGAUAACGAAGUCUUCACCGGAUCUACCAAUAAUUCAGGAUACAUAAAAAAUGGUCAAGAGACAGAAUAUGAACAAAUUGAGUCCAGUGACAGAAGUGUUGAUGCAGUGUUCAACCAGAAUCAAACAUUUGCCACAAGUCAAAAUGAAGUGACAGAUGCUGCUGGAAAUAAAGAUUCUACUGGGUCUGUCAAACAGCAAAAGAGCACAAGGAAGGUCCACUGGAAAAAUCCCACACCUGAGCAAGAUCAAAAUGGACUGGCAGGUGACGAUGAAGCACAUGACGAUGAAGCACGUGACAGUGAAGCACAUGACAAUGAAGCACGUGACAGUGAAGCGAACGAUGAAGCACAAGAAGAUGAAUCAAGUGACGAUGGAGCAAGUGACGAUGGAGCAAGUGACGAUGGAGCGAGUGACGAUGGAGCGAGUGACAAGGGAGCAAGUGACAAGGGAGCAGGUCACAGGGAUGAGGAUGGGGACUCUACCAGCCAGGUCAAGCGCUUACGUUCUUCAAAGAAAAGAAAAAGGCGACAGAAAGCAGCCAAUGGUGAAAGUAAACAUCCUGAAGACCACCAUGAGUGCGACGAGACUGAGGAUGCAACCAGCACUGCCAAACACUCAAGGCGUAAAAGACAAGGCCCACUGAUAGAAGAUGUGGUGAUUGAUCCAGGUGUUCAAUUCAUCUGUGGCUUGUCUGAUGUCAACGCUGUUAUCAAUGAGACUGCUGAGUUAACAUGUAAGCUCAGCAGUGAGGACUGUGAGGGAGCCUGGUUCAGAGACGGCAAAAAGAUACUGCCAGAUGACAAUUUCUCUGUCACUAAAGAUGGUGCGAUCCAUAAAUUAGUCAUAAUCAGGUGCAAUGAAGAGCACUCUGGGAAAUACCGCUUUGAGGCAGAUGGUCGUAAAACUGAGGCAAUGAUCAACGUCAAAGAUCCCCCAAGGUUUGACCCUGAAGACCUUGUUGCAUUCACUGAGCCUGUGACAGUUAAAGUGGGGCACAACGUCUUCUUCAAACUGCAUUUUGUUGGCCACGAACCCAUAAAGAUUAAGUGGUACAGAGAAGGAGAAGAGCUCCUAGAGGACAACAACACAAAGCUAGAGAAUUCUGCGAGUCACAGCCGCCUGCUCCUGAUCAGGUGCCAGAGAAAGGAUACGGGAGAGAUCAAAAUCAAGCUCAAGAACGAACACGGCUUCACUGAGGCUAUUUCACAGCUAAUUGUGCUUGACAAACCCUCUCCACCGCUGGGUCCUGCAGAGGUAAUGGAGAGUUCAGCAACAUCUAUUGAAUUCAGGUGGAGGCCUCCGAAGGAUGAUGGUGGCUCACCUGUGAUUAACUACAUAAUGGAGCGACAGCAGGUUGGACGAAACACCUGGAAGAAAUUAGGGGAAAUCACAGGUGUGUCCAGCUACCGCGACAUAGAUGUGGACCGUGGUCGGAAAUAUUGCUACCGUAUCCGGGCCGUGACUGCAGAGGGUAUAAGUGAAGCGAUGGAGACUGAUGAAAUGCAAGCCGGCAUGCUAGCGUUUCCUGGCCCUCCAGCACCUCCAAAGGUGGUCAGCGCAUCUGACGACUGCAUCAACAUUUCCUGGGCUUCUCCGACUAACACAGGAGGGUCACGUAUCCUGGGCUAUAUUUUGGAGAAACGCAAGAAGGGGAGUAAUCUCUGGUCUGUCGUCAAUGCCAUGGAUGAACUAAUAAAAGAGAAGAAUUAUGCAGUGAAAGAUGUGGUGGCAGGAAUGGAAUAUGAAUUCAGAGUCACUGCCAUAAACCUCUCGGGAGUUGGUGAAUUCAGCAACCCCUCAGAGUUCGUAUUUGCACGGGAUCCAAAGAAGCCUCCUGGUAAAGUUACAGGCCUGAAGGUGACAGAAACGUCUUACAGCCACUUGGUCCUGACUUGGACCAAACCUGAGGAGAAACCAGGGAUACAGGAUGAAGCAAAGGGAUAUUUUGUGGAAAUUCGUCCUGCAGAGAGCAUUGAAUGGUCCCGCUGUAAUACCACUCUCAUCAUCACAACCACCUUCAGUGUGAAAGGCCUUAAGUCCAUGGGCAUGUACUGGGUGAGAGUGAUUGCCACUAAUGAUGGAGGAGAGAGUGAUCCUGAGGAGCUCGCCAACUAUGUUGUUGCAAUGCCCUCGCCUGUGAGACCAAAGUUCACAAACCACAAGAUGAAGAGCUUCAUGGUGGUGAGGGCGGGAAAUUCUGUCAGGAUCACAAUAAACUUUGAGGCCUCUCCACGACCUCAUAUCAUGUGGCUGAAGGACAAUGUGCCCGUGACAAAACGAGUGACAAUCAGUAACUCUGAUGGCUCAUCCCAGCUGCUGAUCCCCACAUCUGAGCGCUCUGAUUCUGGCAUUUACUCAAUUUUGGUGAAAAAUCUUGCAGGACAGGAGACCUUCAGUAUAGAGGUCAGAGUCACAGAUGAUCCGAAGCCUCCUGGACUGGUAGAACUGGAGGAAAACGUGCCCGGCACAGUGACCGUGAGAUGGGAUCCUUCUCCUGAUGAGAAACGUGACGACCGCCUCCACUACAUAGUGUCCAAACUAGACUCCACCAAACGCACAUGGGCCACAGUGGCUGAAAGACUCUUCAAUAACAAGUUCACAGUCUGCAACAUCAUGCACGGAAGGGAGUAUCAUUUCCGGGUGUAUGCCAAAAAUGACAUGGGUGUAUCUGAACCCUCGGAGUCACCGACCUAUGGGAUAGAGAAGAAGAAGGAAAAAUUUGUGGUCAGCGUACCGACGAGAAAGGACUGUGACCUGCGAUGUGCUCCGACCUUCAUUGUACCUCUGAAGCUCCACACUGCACCCAAAGGCUAUGAAUGCUACAUGAGCUGUGCAGUGAAGGGAAAUCCAAGGCCUCGCAUCACGUGGUAUCGAAAUCACAUCAGCGUAAACACUGACACCAACUACUACAUCUCCGACACCUGUGGAGUUUGCUCCAUGUUAAUCCUCCGCGUCGGCCCCAGAGACAUGGGGGAGUACACCAUCACUGCAGAGAACGCCCUCGGACGGGCUGAAUGCUCCACAAUCCUCAGUGUCAGAGAGUGAAGACACUAAAGGCCCCACAACAUUAGCAGUAUUAUUUUAAGGUUUAGAUCUAAUACAUGGUGUUUGAGUUGAAGUGGUUGUGCUGCUUGGAUGUUAUGCACCAGCUGCAAUAAGAAAGAGAUAGUAUAUUGUAUUAAUUGGAAAGCAAACAAAAACAAAACUGUUUCUCCAAUAAAACAUUGCA